CCGAAACUCGGUAUAUAGCAUGUUGCCUCGAUUCCUCGAUGACUGUUUGUUUGCUUCCGUUAUGGCAAUUCGCUUCCGGUUCUUCUCGUCUAAGGCGUUUGAUAAUGUCCCUGUGUCUGGUGAUUACAUGUCCCUCCUGGAGUUGAAAGAUGCAAUUGCCGAGCGUGUCUCUCCCGGGAUUUUGCGAGGGAAGGGGCAUGUGAAGGAGGCGUUCGAUUUUAGCAUCUACGAUGCUGAUUCUGGAGAGGAGAUUGUAGGUUCUAAUUGCAAGGUUUACAAGUAUUCGUGCGUUUUGGUGAAGCGAGUUCCUGCGUAUGUUUUAUCUCAGCAGCGGGCUGUUGCGCGGGAGAAUCGCGGUGAAGAAAUUGAGGAGCGUUCAAAGCCAGUAGCAGGGUUUGAUGAUGAUUUCGGCGAAGUCUACUCAUCGCCGAUCAGUGACCAGAUUAGAUGUUCAAGUUGGGACACGGCGACAAGCUGCGUUACGGGAGCGGAUUCUAGGGUUAAUUUAGCGGCGAACAAGACCGCUAGAGAGAGUGUAGGCAGGUUUAGGAGAGGAGGGUUUCAGAGUGCCAAAAUGCCUGGCACGAAAUUGCAGACUGUAAAGGCGCCUUGCAAGGUCGACAUCCGUACUGAGCCUUUCAAGAUGCCUUGCAGCAUGGAGAUUCCACCAGAGUUGUUGUGUUCAUUGUGUUUCAGUGUUAUGAAAGAUCCAGUUCUGAUACGUUGUUGUUGCAGCAGUUUUUGUUCCAAUUGCAUAAAGGCUGUUCUUGCUGAUCAGAGAAAAUGUCCAAAUUGCGAGUCCACUAAAUGCACAGGUUCUGAUUUGCUACCUAAUCGUCACCUCUUCUCGAUGAUUCAACUAUUUCAAAAGAACGAUGUAAGUGCGUCAAGCAGGUCUGGAUCAAAUGGUUCAAGCAUCUCUGUGCAGUCGAACAACGUUAAUACUCACCCAAUAUCCACUCCAUUCAACGCAAAAGUGUACGCACAUACGCCACAACAGACGCUGGACAGUAAUUGUGUCCGUCAGAAGCUACCAUGUGCAUCAUCAUCUUCCAGCAAAUUGACUGAUCCCAAGGCGGAUUCACUAGCGGUUUCAGGAAGCAGCCAGUGCUUGGAAAGAAAGCCCCUCUUGAUCACGCUGAGCGGUGCUAAAAGAUUGAAAACUUGACCUGGUGACAAAACUAGAUUUCUCUUUUCUGGUGUACAUUGGUGUGUUCCGAUUCUUUGGUUGCGUCGAUUCGAGGAAAUCAUUAGAGGCGGAUGAGCAAGUACUUGGAGGGAACACGACUAGCAACCUCCACAGCUGUUCGAAUCACAAGUUUACAUGCGGAUUUGAGUGAGGGCUUUGAGAUUUCUAUUACGACAGUAGGAGAUUAGACAGAAUUCGCCUAAUCACAUAUUUAUGCUAAGCAUGCAUUUUCUUGCUGUACAUAGCUAGCAUGCACAACUUAGUUCUUACUAGAUUCCAAGAACACGAGCGAAUAAUUUUUUGCGGCAGUUCUGUUGUGUAAUAUACUUUAAUGAAAAUUGAAACCAUAAUUUAAUUGAAAUAUGCUUCUUCAACAAA